AUACUUGGACCUUGACUCUUUCUCGAUAGAUAAUAGUGACCAUCAGUCAGACGAUGAAUAUGAAUAGAUAUCCGCUGAUCGUACUUUAGGCCACUGAUCAGCUUGGCCCCUCCCGACUUACAUAAAGUUCACCUGACUUUCGCCUGGCCGAAAGCACCCCAAGACCAAUGAUAGUUGGUCUAGUGUCCCCCUGUGUCGCAAGCAAAUUCAAAUUGUUCAAGUCCCUGGCUACUUUAACUGAUAGAGAAGCCGAGCGAACGUAGGGCACGAUUCGAACCGAGCCCCGAGUCUAGAAUCUAAGAAACGAAACCCCAAAGAGACCGCCGUCGCGAUAAGAAGAAAAAGUCAACGGGUCCGCAGUUUCGAACGAACCAAUGCCAGUUAUCGUUUAAAGCUAAAACGGGACGCGAGUGCGGUAAACUAACUAAAAUAGAAAUUUUUUGUCUACACACUUUAUAGGGCCCAGAGAAACCGAGUGCUAAUUGAAAUACCUAUAAGCUAAAAGAAAUAUAACUCAUACGACGCGUUAGCAAUGAUGCAAACCCUGAAACCACCGCCACCGCUACAUCAUCACCAUCAGCACCAGCAUCCGCAGCAGCCACAUCAGCACCAGCAGCAUCCGCAGUUGCAACAUCCGCAGUUGCAGCAGCAGCAGCAGCAGCAACAGCAUCUGACAGCCAUGGAUAAUCACCAGCAACAUCAGCCGCAUAUCCAUCAACAGCAGCAGCAGCAGCAACAAUUGCCUCCCACGCCGCAGGCAUCGCACCUCGUCGGUGGGCAGCACCACAAUCACCUGGCUGUCGACCAGGAUGACCCAAAUCCCGAACUGGUGCUCGCCUUAAUUUCCAGGAACCGGGCGCUCGAGGCUACGAUUCCGAAGUGCGGCGGCUGCCACGAGUUGAUCCUGGACCGCUUCAUCCUCAAGGUGCUGGAAAGGACGUGGCACGCGAAGUGCCUCCAAUGCAGCGAGUGCCACGGCCAGCUGAACGACAAGUGCUUUGCGAGGAAUGGCCAGCUCUUCUGCAAGGAGGACUUCUUCAAACGUUACGGUACAAAGUGUUCCGCUUGUGAUAUGGGCAUACCGCCCACGCAGGUGGUGCGCCGGGCCCAGGACAAUGUCUACCAUCUGCAGUGCUUCCUGUGCGCCAUGUGCUCCCGCACCUUGAACACGGGCGACGAGUUCUACCUGAUGGAGGAUCGCAAGCUCAUUUGCAAGCGGGACUACGAGGAGGCCAAGGCAAAAGGCCUCUAUUUGGAUGGCUCUCUGGAUGGCGAUCAGCCGAAUAAGCGACCGCGCACCACGAUCACCGCCAAACAGCUGGAGACCCUGAAAACCGCCUACAAUAAUAGUCCCAAGCCCGCCCGCCAUGUACGUGAGCAACUCUCGCAGGACACGGGCCUCGAUAUGCGAGUGGUGCAGGUCUGGUUCCAGAACAGGCGGGCCAAGGAGAAACGACUGAAAAAGGACGCGGGCCGCACGCGCUGGAGCCAAUACUUCCGCUCGAUGAAGGGCAACUGCUCGCCUCGCACCGACAAAUUCCUCGACAAGGAUGAGCUGAAGGUCGACUACGACAGCUUCAGUCACCAUGAUCUGAGCAACGACAGCUACAGCACCGUCAAUUUGGGCCUGGACGAGGGCGCCUCGCCGCACAGCAUCCGUGGAUCGUACAUGCACGGCAGCUCGAGUCCGUCGCAGUAUCCGCCGAGCAGUCGCUCGCCGCCGCCAGUUGGCCAAGGCCAUACGUUCGGCUCCUAUCCGGAUAACAUUGUGUACACCAAUAUAGAUCAAGCGGUGGGCUCUAGUUUGCAUGCGAGCAAGUCGCAUCAUCGCCUGCACAGUAGCAACAACGUUUCCGAUCUGAGCAACGAUUCUAGUCCGGAUCAGGGCUAUCCUGAUUUUCCCCGUCCUGACUCCUGGCUGGGCGAUUCGGGCAGCACCAACAACACCAGCGCCAAUAAUAACAACAACAACAGUGCGAACAACAGCAGCAGCAACAAUAACAACAACAACAACAAUAGCAACAGUGGCGGUGGAAGUGGCAGCGUGAGCGUUAAUUCCGCCCCAAAUCCUUCGGCGCCCGGCGUACAUUACUGAUACUCAAAUCUGCUUUUGCGUUAUUUCGAGAUGCAGUCGCGCAGCCUGCUGUUGGUCGCUGCCCAGCAGCAACAUCAGCAACAUUCGUCGCAGCUUUAGCAGCGACGCCAUAUUGAAAGCUCACGCCAGCAGUAGCAGCAGCAGCAAUAACAGAUGUUGCUACAUCGACAGCAACAGCAACAUGAGUAAUAGCAACAACAGCAACGGUAGCAACAUGAUCAGCAACAUGUUGCGAAACUAUCAGCAACAUCAAGGGCUGCAACAUCUACAGUAGCAACAUAAAAGCUUAAGUCCAUGAGUAAUAUGGCAACGCUGUCGUGGGCUUUUCACUCCCAACAUCCACACUCUAUUGUUUAUGCACUCUAAGUCUUCUUAAUUUUGUGGAGAACAAAACAACAACAACAACCAACACAAUUUGCUCAAAAUCGUUGAUUUCAAUUCGGUUUGCCAACGGUGGGCUUAGCUUGAGAUAUGUACACCAAACACGGCUUGAAUGUUACUAAAGCGUUAUGAUUACAUCUGUUCUUGAACGAUUACUUCGCUCUAUCAUUUACAUUCGUAACCCUGAUAUUUUAUUGUAAAUAUUGUAUAUUUGUGUAUAGUGAAUGGAAACUAAAACUGAAUUUUAAAUUAAUUAAGUCUGUAUAGCGUCAACAAAUGCGGGGCAUUGCGAGCACAAAAUUCGCUUAGGCCCUGCCCCCCAAAAAACCAAAAAACGAAAAAAAAUCAACAAGUUAUUUAUUGCUUUAUAUAGGAAUACAACAAAAUUGCAUAGGAGAAAUAUCAAUUACGAAAACGUGAUGUCGUAUUUAUAUCUAACGAGAAAAAAAAAAACAAAACCAAUACAAAAACCAAAAAAUAUUUCAACCAAAUAGAAAUGUCAGUAAAAGAAAAGCAACUACGUAAAAUGAUAAAACGAAUGCGAUGAAAUAAAUUACUAUUUGACACAUAAGAAUAAAAGACAACAAAAAUUGUUA